AUGGGUAAGGUUGCUGAAUAUCCAGUAAAACAUCUCAUUUCCUUCGACGCUGUGGAAUCUUCGUCAACUACUGCGUCAGAGAUGACGGUUGAAGAAAUGAUUUCCGAGAUAGCUAACUAUCGAAAAAGAUGGGAUACAGCAACAAAAGAUGGUACUUACUAUCAAGAGGUAGUCAAAAAGGUAGAGGAGCAGUUUCUAGUCAACUUUAUUUUCCGUUCAAACUUAGAAGAGGGACAUGGACUUCGCACGCUUGAUGAAACGAAAAGCUUUCUGGGAAGAAUUUUCUCUCGAAGAGACUUCCCACUUCCCUUGUCUCUCGAAGAACAAGAAACUCUAAACAUGAGAAAUGCAUAUGAAAAUUUGUUAGCUAAAAUAAAGGGGGAAGAACUAGAUAGAGACUACGGACUAUUAGAAGCAAGUUUACUAAAAGAGAUACAUCGUGUUGUCUUACAAGACAUUCCCCUUCCAAAGGGUUUGACGAAACCUGGAGAAAUGAGCAACAAGCCUCGGAUGACCGAAUUUCGAGGAGAAAUUUACUACUAUGCGAACCCUGAAGAUAUGGAAAGCGCAGUUGUCAACUUAUUAGACAAGUACAAUUUUCUGUUUGAUUCUUGCACAAAGGAUGGGCUGACAAAUUUUGAGGAUUUGUGUGAUUUUUUCAAAACCUGUGCUUGGAUUCUCCUAGAACUUCUUGAUCUUCAUCCUUUUUCGGAUGGAAAUGGGAGAUUAUGUCGUAUUCUUUGCAGCUAUUCACUGUCAAAACUAAACCCUUUUCCCACGCCAAUCUACAGUGUCUGGACUGAUUCCCCUAAUGAUGCCUACAUUGAAGCCUUAGUUGAAGGAAGAAAUUCACCAGGUAGGAUGUUAAAUAUUGUGCUUACAAACAACCUGAGUAUUAGGCAUUUCAAUGUGGCUGAGUGGUUAGAAUGCUGGACUUGCAAUUCAGGGACUCCUAGUUCAAGUCCUGCUCUGACCACUAGCUGGAUUUGUUCUUGGUAGUUCCAAAUUCAGCCAACUGGUUUGCCUCCUAUCAGUUGCGAUUCCUAACCCGUGCAUGUUUGAUUAAGAUUAUAAGUUUCAUGCAUUUGCUCUGCACCACUAGCAUGAGUGCUAAAAAUACUAAUAAUAAUAGGGCAACAGAAUUGUUAUUAUUCUGCAUAAUGGUUGACAAGAGAAGAAAGAAAUGAAAAGGGUAGGGAGCAAAGGGAAAGAUACACUUGAUGGAAAUGCUUUUACUGAAGUUUUCUACCUCUGCAGCAUGUGUCAGUGUUAGCCAAUCAACUUCACUUGUGGUCAUGCUGUUAUUGGCUUGAAAAACUGUUAUAUGCAAACUUAACACAAAUGAGCUUCUAAAGAGAAGUUUGAGAUGUCAUAAAAUACACAAGCUUUAGAAAGAGCAAUUCUUAUUUGAGCAUUUGACAAAUAUGUACUGUGAAGUAUACACCAGGGGUUUCAGUAAGCACUGACGGCCAAUGAAACGUGUCGGCUACUUUGCUCACAGAAGUUGGCUUCGGCUACUUUUUUCAGAAAGGAGAAGCAACUAGUUUGAAUAACAUUGUCAACAAAAAAGUAUAUCAUAAAAUCUGAAUGAAAACCUAAUUAUGAUGUGUUUUCAUAAAGACCCACUGGCUUUAUGUUAUGCUUUAGUCAUAAAGUUUGUGGACACUAUAUUUCAGUCAAUUUUUCACAAGUUUCUUCAUAGGUUUACGCAGAAUUUGUUGAAGUGCAAAAUUACAUUCAUUAUAUCAUUUGUUCAUUUCUUGUAGGAAUUGAUUGUGACUCAUAAUUCAAAAGUUGAAUGAAAGCUACAUUUUCUUGAAUGAAAAACACACUCUUGUUCUCAAUUUUCAGAAUGCUGAAAAUCGCAUUUUAGGGCUUUUUCUAGGGAGGCACAUAAUUUCCAGACUGCUGACCCACUACCUCGGACCAGAGAGAGACUGUGUGUCCUUCCCAAAAAUAGUCCACAGCUUUCUUGACAACUUUAAUCUUGAAGGCCAUUAAUCCUUUUUCGUUACCUUAGGCAUUUAAAAACUGAUUCCAGGUACAUCAAAAUGAUCACAAAAAUGUUUGAUGGUUAUGUAUACCUCAUGAUCAGUGUUUUGAGCAUUGGGCCUGAGGCCUAGGUAAGAGGCUCAGGAAAUUCCAGAGGGAAGAGGGGUGGAGGAAUGUAACCACUUCCACAGGGUUUAAUUUUGUGUCAUGUUCAAUCACUCAUUUAGCUACAAAAUGGCAAUAGAAAUAAACGGGUACUUCAUUCUUGGCACAUAAGUAACUUGAACUAUAUCAUUUAUGAUUGUUCCUUUUCAUCUUAUUAACCAGGUUUUAGUUCUUCCAAAAGCAUUUUGGAUACCAUUUGAAAGAAAUAAGGGCAACCACAACUCAAUUCAUGUGUUUGUGUUACUCGUUACCAGUUUCCCUAAAGACAUCUAUGCUGUAUUAGGGAUAUCCCUAAUAGCUGGCUGCUGGCUACACUGUAAUUUCACUGGCUGAAAAAGACUUAGGCCUUGGCUCAAAUUACUCUGGAAAACAAAGACAUGGGGUCAAUUUAAAGGUGCAGUUAAGUGAAAAAGCCUUGACCAAUAAAAAGGCUAGUUAGCUUUCCUCAGCCACAUCCUUGCGGUAUUGUAUUGCGUUAUGUCAGUCAAUCAGAAAGUGAGAGUUCUGCCUCAACAAGCAAGAGGUACAUUUGUACAAUGUAACAAUUUCAGAAAUCUACUUAGUUCUGUGUUCAAAAUUGUGACAUGUUUAUGAUUGCAUUCAUGCUAAAAUUAUCUCAUUGACUGUGUUUCACAGACUCCAAUUAGCAUUAAUUUUUAGUUACAUGUAGGUAAUAACUCUUAUACUUGUUGGUUUCACAGGUAGACAUCCUUGUGCCCUUACAACUAUGAUAGUACAGUGUAGUUAUUAUCAGUGGAAGAACUUUUUUGAGGCCUUGGACAAAGAAGCUGCUAGUACAUGUAGAACUACUGCUAAGAAGAAUGAGCAUGUAUUGAAAAACAGUACUUCAAAAUGUUUGUCAUCA